AUGGGCCAACAUGUAAGCACGCCCAACGAUACCCCUCCUUUUGCAUAUACAGCAGACGAUAUCACCUAUGACCAUCAUCUUGAUUCUUCAAACAACGCAGUCCUUCUUGAACACCCGGACUUUUAUCGCUUGGAAGACCGCCAUUUGGAGCGCGAUUUGAGCUAUAUCGAUACCCAACAUUAUGCAGCUCAUCCUCCUUCUUCGAAUGACUGGACUCAAGUAACCGUAUCCCAAAUGCCUCAAGGCAAAGUGGCUUCAUCAAGUAUGGAUUUAUCAGGCCGAUCGCUUAUCAAAAUCGGGCCAAGUAUUGGCAAUCUCAGGCACCUCGUGAAACUCGACAUAUCCUAUAAUCAGAUUACCACGUUACCUGAUGAAUUUGGAUUACUUGUCCAAUUACGUUUGUUCAAUGCCUCCCAUAACAAGUUGCAACGUUUACCGGAUACGAUAGGACAAUUGGAACGGCUCAAGGCAUUGAAUGUGAGCCAUAAUGCAUUGACGGCCUUACCCGAAACCAUGCCUCGAUCAUUGGUGGUAUUGAUUGCGCACCAUAAUGCAUUGACCAUGGUCCCUGCUCAAUUGUCACAUACUCGGCUUGUAUCACUUCACCUGGAUAACAAUCCUCAGCUAGUAUCCAUUCCUGUGCAAGUGGUGGAAAUGCCAUCAAUACGCAAAUUAGUAGCACAGGCGUGUGGAUUCCCUACCGUAGCUGAAUAUCCUCUUGUCCAUGGUCCUCUCUCACUCAAAGAAAUAUGUGCACGUCGUUGCUUGUUGCUUCAACGACAACAACAACAAGGGUAUCGUCUACCACGACCUUUGGUACGCUAUCUUGCCAGUGCCAAAACAUGUGCAACAUGCAAGGGACCCUACUUUGAUCAAUGCGUAACACGAGGAAGAAUGAUUGAGCGUUCAGGUAGCAAUAUUCUUGUCGAGUAUCGUCUUUGUUCACCGCAUUGGAAUACCGAAGAGGAACGUCUCUUGGAUCUCUUUACACAAAAGGAUGACAUGAUAGUAGAACCAACCAAGGUGGAUGCAUUGGCAGCAGAAUGGAUGCGUAUUUACAAGCAAGAAUAUUCGUCACCGCCACCACCACCAAAAAGUCAUAUGAAGAAGGAUGAUGGAGAUGAUGAAUACUAUUAUUAUUGUCGUCUCGUACCAAGUCGUCAUAAUUCGAUCCAGGAACAACAGCAACAACCAUCAUCAUCAUCCAUGACCGUAGAUACCAUGAUUGAGAAUGAACAAUUACCACGUCUCCUCAAGGUCACCACCACCACCACAACGUAUAGUGAUGGCAAGAUACCAUCCCCUGAUGUUGUUGGUACUUCAUCCUCAUCAUCAUCAUCAGCUGCAGCCGCUGGUUUGACUGCACCUAGAUACUUGUAA